AAGGUAUUUUCAUUUCCAUUCUCUCUUUCAUUUCUAUGCGAAAUUAUUGUUUGAACUCCGAGAAUCCUGAUUAGAACCCAUAAUUUUUCUCUGUUUUCCUAUUGUUGCCAUGGUAUUGCCCAGAAUCUUAAAGAAGGUAUCCAAAUUAUCUAAUAUGAUAGCUCAAGUCAAUCAUUUUCUUGUUCUUUCUCCUAUGGUCUGUGAAAAAUCCAAUCCUAUAUGUAACCCUUUUUCCAUUUCGUUUAAAAUUCGGUGCUUUUGCAGUAUUAGACUAACCCACAAUCUCAAAUUCUCCUGUUCUUGUUCAACUCAGUCACAUAGUUCUUUUUCUGGUAUCCCUGUCUCUCGUACUGCUAGAACCGAGGCUCAAGAUGUGCUAUUUGAGUACUUACAUUCCACUCGGAGCUUAAGCAUAACAGAUGCUGAGUAUAUUAGCAAGAAUUCACCUAAUUUCCUUCAAAAUUUGCUCUCCAAGAUUGAUACCGAGAAAGAUGUUACAAGGUCCUUAAAUAAAUACCUUAUGUAUAAUCCAAUCAACGAAUUUGAGCCAUUCUUUGAGAGUUUAGGUUUGUGCCCAUCUGAGCUUUCUUCGUUGCUUCCACGGCACUUGAUUUUUUUGAGUGAUGAUCAUGUCUUGCUCGAGAAUUUCCAUGUUUUAUGCAAUUACGGGAUUCCUCGCAUUAAGAUUGGCAAGAUGUACAAGGAAGCAAGAGAGAUUUUCAUAUAUGAAUAUGGUUUGUUGGAUUCGAAACUUCUAGCCUAUGAAAAGUUGGGUCUAAGUAAAAGCACGGUUAUUAAGCUUGUUAGUUGUUGCCCAUCUCUACUGAUUGGUGGAGUUGACAAUGAUUUUGUUAAUGUACUCAAGAAUUUACGUAGGCUAGGGAUAGGUAAUGAUCGCAUUGGUGGGUAUUUUUCCUGCAGGGAUUCUUACAACUGGAAAAGAAUUCUUGACACAAUGGAUUUUCUUGAUAAAGUGGGUUAUAGAGAGGAACAGUUGUGUAAUUUGUUUAAAACAAAUCCUCUAUUAGUACUUGAAGGUUCUGGGAAGAAGGUUUAUGUAUUGUUUGGCAGGUUGCUCAAAUUGGGUAUAGAUAUGAAUGAGGUUUAUUCUUUGUUUGUUCAAAACCCACAAAUCUUGUCAGCUAAGUGUGAAAAGAAUCUUUUGCGGGCACUGGAUAUUUUUAUCUACAUUGGAAUGGGAGUAGAAGAAAUUGCAAACAUUGUAUCUAAUCAUAUGGAACUUCUGUGUUCAUGUUCUUUGAAAGGACCUAAAACUGUAUGUAAGGACUUAGACAUUAAGAAAGAUAGUUUAUGCCAAAUCAUAAGGCAAGACCCAAUGAAGUUCUUCAGCUUAGCUUCUAAGUCGAAAGUCAGAAGCAGCAAACAGAUAGUGUCUGAGGAUCAUAGUAAAAAGAUGGAGAAAACAGCAUUCUUAUUGAGAUUAGGAUAUGUUGAGAACUCAGAUGAAAUGAUGAGAGCUCUAAAAAAGUUCCGAGGUAGAGGGGAUCAAUUACAAGAGAGGUUUGAUUGCCUGGUACAAGCUGGUUUGGACUACAAUUCUGUCUCAAGCUUGAUUAAACAAGCUCCAAUGGUGCUUAACCAGACCAAAGAUGUAAUUGAAAAGAAGAUUGACUGCCUGGCAAAUUGCUUAGGCUAUCCACUUGCAGCAGUGGUGCCAUUCCCGGCAUAUUUAUGCUAUGAUAUGGAAAGGAUUAAUCAUAGAUUUAGAAUGUAUGUGUGGCUGCGAGACAGAGGUGCUGCAAAGCCGAUGUUGUCCUUGAGCACUAUUCUUGCAUGUUCAGAUACAAGAUUUGUAAAAUAUUUUGUGGAUGUCCAUCCAGAAGGUCCUGCUAUGUGGGAAAGUAUAAGGAAUGCAUCAUCUUCAAGCUAAAGCUUAAUUUUAAUUUGUGUACAAGUGAUUUUAUGCUGCUUUUCAGAUUGAUGCCAUUGCUCUACCAUAAAUUUUAGAUGCCAUUGCCAAGUAUUUUUGUUUGCUUUCUGUACUUUCUAUUGAACUCUUUGAUAAAAAGGUAUUAUAUUUUUCUUUAUUA